CAUAGCCGUCACAGCCUCUCUGGGGCAUUCAGGCCAACCCCAGCCUGGCUGUAACAGUGGCGCGGAGCUCAUGGGCCCAGAGCCCGCAAAGCUCUUCCUAGCUUCACUCUGGCCCUGUUAGUUCUCCUCCAGCUCUAGGACAGCAUGUGGGGUCUGGUGUCCUGGGGGUCACCGUUGUUUCUCUCACAACGAGCACAUUUUAUGUUUUGGCUGCCCAGUAUGUAGGAUCUUGGUUCCCUGACCAGGAAUGACCAUGUGACCCUGCAGUGGAAGCAUGGAGUCUCAACCACUGGACUGCCAGGAAGUCCCUGGCACGCAGCUUUGAAGGGCUUGUUCAUAGAACAAGCCACAGCCCUGCCUGGUUAUGCUGGGGCAUGGGGCGCUCCUCUCAGAUUGGCCAACGCUCCUGUCAAGACCAGGUGGUUCUGUCACACCGGCAGCAGGAAGGUGGGAAAAGACCUGUGACGGGGGACACAGCUCUUAGGUCUGCCGCUGCCCUGGGGCCUGCUCCCCACUUUCCAGACCUUAGCAGUCUCUCCUGCACCCCCCACCCCACCUCCAGCCUCCUGCUCAGCCUCUGACAGCCAGGUCUCCUGGGGGCCCUCGUCACGGUCCAGGCAGGGAGAGCAGGGCUGGGGCGAGGCCCAGAUGGCGCUGGCUGGAGAGAAUGGGUGUUCAGGUGUGUUGAGCCCCCAUCAUGAGGGUAUCAGUGGCUCCGUGUAGGUUUAAGGUGUCUCAUUUCCUGGACAGGUGGCUGGUCCAGGAGUGGGUGUGGGGCUUGGGUGGAGCAGAGGUGGCUGGGAGGAACAGGGGAGGAGCUUGGGCCUCGCUGGGACAUCGCUGUCUCUGGGUGAUAAAGCGUGACAGUCCUCAGUCUUGCAGACACUGCCAUCACUCCUUCCUCCCGAGGACGCUGCCUCAUGGCUCUGGCAAAGGUGCCUGGGACCUGCUUACUCACCAUUCGUGUCCUGCAGGCUCGUGGCCUGCCCUCCAAGGACAUCGUGACUGCCUCUGACUGCUACGUGACCCUAUGGCUGCCCACGGCCUCCAGCCACCAGCUGCAGACGCGCACAGUCAAGAACUGCAGAAACCCCGUCUGGAAUCAAAGCUUCCACUUCCGAAUCCAUAGCCAGAUCAAGAACAUCGUGCAUCUUAGAGUCUUUGACCAGGACCUUCUGACCACGGAUGACCCUGUGUUGUCAGUGCUGUUUGACGUGGGGACCUUGCGGGCUGGGGAGUCCCGGCGUGAGAGCUUCUCACUGAGCCCUCAGGGUGAGGAGCGCCUGGAAGUUGAAUUUCGGCUGCAGAAUCUGACUGAUGGUGCUGAGUGCCUCUUCAGCAAUGGCAUCCUAGUGGCCCGGGAGCUCUCCUGCUUGCAUGUUCGACUGGAGAAGGCAGGGGACCUGCAGGAGUCAGAGAGCAGAGUUCAGCUUGUGGUUCCUGGGUCCUGUGAGGGUCCACAGGAGGCUUCCGUGGGCGCCGGCUCCUUCCGCUUCCAUUGGCCGGCCUGCUGGGAGCAGGAGCUGAGUAUUCACCUGCAGGAUGCCCCCCAGGAGCAGCUGAAGGUGCCCCUGAGGGCCCUGCCUUCUGGCCAAGUGGUGCGACUCGUCUUCCCUACAUCCCAGGAGCCCCUGAUGAAAGUGGAGCUGAAAAAUGAAGAAGGACCCAGGGAAUUGGCUGUGCGGCUGGGCUGCGGGCCCUGCGCUGAGGAGCAGGCCUUCCUGAGCAGGAGGAAGCAGGUGGUGGCCAAGGCCCUGCAGCAGGCCCUGCAGCUGGAUGGAGACCUGCGGGAAGAUGAGAUCCCAGUGGUUGCUAUUAUGGCCACCGGUGGUGGUAUCCGGGCCAUGACCUCACUGUAUGGGCAGCUGGCUGGCCUAAAGGCGCUUGGCCUCUUGGAUUGUGUCUCCUACAUCACGGGGGCCUCGGGCUCCACUUGGGCUUUGGCCAACCUCUACGAGGAUCCAGAGUGGUCUCAGAAGGACCUGGCAGGGCCCAUCGAGUCACUGAAGACCCAGGUGACCAAGAGCAAGCUGGGCGUGCUAGCCCCCAGGCAGCUACUGCGGUACCAGCAGGAGCUGGCUGAGCGUGCCCGCCUGGGCCACCCGACCUGCUUCACCAACCUGUGGGCCCUCAUCAAUGAGGCGCUGCUACAUGAUGAGCCUCAUGACCACAAGCUCUCAGACCAGCGGGAGGCCCUGAGUCGAGGCCAGAACCCCCUGCCCAUCUACUGUGCUCUCAACACCAAGGAACAGAAUCUGACCACCUUUGAAUUUGGGGAGUGGUGUGAGUUCUCCCCCUACGAGGUCGGCUUUCCCAAGUACGGCGCCUUCAUCCCCCCCGAGCUCUUUGGCUCUGAGUUCUUCAUGGGGCGCCUGACAAAACAGCUUCCUGAGUCCCGCAUCUGUUUCCUGGAAGGUAUCUGGAGCAACCUGUAUGCAGCCAACCUCCAGGACAGCCUGUACUGGUCAUCCGAGCCCAGCCAGUUCUGGGACCGCUGGGCACAAGCUCGGGCCAGCCUGGACAAGGAGCAGGUCCCCCUUCUGAAGAUACAAGAGCCUCCCACGGUGGCUGGCAGGAUAGCAGAGGUUUUCACUGACCUUCUGACGCGGCGUCCACUUGCCCAGGCCACCCACAAUUUCCUACGUGGCUUCUCCUUCCACAAGGACUAUUUUCAGCAUCCUCACUUUUCUGCCUGGAAAGCUACCAAGCUGGACGGCCUCCCCAACGAGCUGACACCUGCAGAGCCCUACCUUUGCUUGCUGGAUGUUGGCUACCUUGUCAAUACCAGCUGCCCACCCCUCCUGCCACCCACACGGGACGUGGACCUCAUCCUGUCGCUAGAUUACAAUCUCCAUGGAGCCUUCCAGCAGCUGCAGCUUCUGGGUCGGUUCUGCCAGGAACAGGGCAUCCCGUUCCCGCCCAUCUCGCCCAGCCCCGAGGAGCAGCGCCAGCCCCAAGAGUGCCACCUCUUCUUGGACCCUGCCCGCCCCGACAUCCCUGCCGUGCUGCACUUCCCUCUGGUCAACGCCUCCUUCAGGGACCACUCUGCCCCUGGGGUCCGGCGGACAGCUGAGGAGCAGGCAGCUGGGGAGGUGAACUUAUCUGCAUCCGACUCCCCCUACCACUACUCGAAGGUAACCUACAGCCUGGAGGAUGUGGACAAGCUGCUCCGCCUGACGCAGUACAACAUUUGCAACAACCAGGAGCGGCUGCUGGAGGCCCUGCGUGAGGCCGUGCAGAGGCGGAGGCAGCGCACACAGCACCGCCCCAGUGAUGGGCGGGAAGGAGCCACAUCCGGCCCCACGGCCCCCGACUCUCUUUAAGGCUCACUUCUUGGACGCCUUGCUGCUCUGGUUGAGUUGGGGUGGUCACCAGCUUCCAGAACCUCUAGCGGUUUGGACAGCCCAAUUGUGGUCUCCAGCCCUCCGAGGGGGUCACCAGGGUGCACUGCCUGGCACUAUCCAGACACUGAAUUCACCAGCACCCCUGCUGUGGACACCCUGGGGUAGGUGGAGGGUUUUAAACAGGGGCUAUGGCCUGGUCUGCAGGAUGUGGCCAAAGAAGAUUCAGAGGUUCUGGGCAGUGUGGGCCAUAUUUGUGUAAGCACACGGAGCCCCAUGACCUGUGUGUCCUUUUGCUUCCUUGCUACCUCGAGUAGCUGUACAGGGUGAAAUAGAGCACUUUACCUAGCACAGAGACACAUACAAACGUGAGGUGUGACAGGUUACUGGUACUGCCGCCAAAAAGGGACAGGUCAUUCCCCCUCUUGGUUAGGCGUGGUAAGGAUGGGUGUAGAAAACAAAACCUCUCCCGAGGCGCCUUGCAGAGCGGGCAGGUCAGCUUGGGCUUCCCUUGCAGAGCAGGCUGUGAGCUCAUGGCCAUGUCUGCUCCACCCAAGCUCACUCUUCAAGCAGAGAGGAGGCCAUAUUGCUGCUGCAGCCCUGGCCCUGCCCAGAUGACUCACAGGUAAUGCCAGCCAGCACCCCGUCCUCCUCACCCAGGGACUCAGUCGAAGGGCUGCUUCCUGUCCCACAGUAGGGGCAGCCAGACGUGGGACCAGAUGAGCCAGGUAGACAGUGCUAAGGGUGUGACUUCAGCAGGCUCUGACCUUGGUGGGGCCCAUCUCCGGAUGAGGAACCAGUUAUUCCAGAAGUUGGUCCUAAGGGGCCGGAUAGCUGGGUCUCCUGGUUCCCUCGAGGGUGUCCUCGCUUGUAGCCCUGAAGUUUGGUGCCACCUCUGCAUUUUCUUCAAGGCCCGGACCUGUCAGGAGAACAGAGAGGUGGAGUGAAUUUAGGGCCUAGCCGCCCUGGAAUCUUUUCCAAGUACUGGUGCCCCAGGCCUCCUUUGGAAUACCUCACCUGUUCCUCAUGUUGAUGUGAGAUUUGGAUCCUGGGAGUGAGGAGGGACCAGGAUGUGCGGGGUGAAAGGGGGAUGACUGGUUCCCAUGAUCCAGCUCACUGCAUCUGUCUGCCCUGGGCGUGUGACUGGAGGCACAGACCAGGAAAAAUGGCUGUGCCCUGAUCACUGUAGAAGCCACUGUGUCCUGGACCAGGCCUGUUGACUCAGCAGCACAUCAUCUGAAUCCUACAUGGGAACCUGUAGGCCCUGCAGGAGUGGGUAAUUAUCCAGAUACCACAAUUGUGGCUGCCACCCCUGUCAUGAUGUGAGUGAUCCCUCAGGCACAAGGCCGCGUUGUAGGGUCUGUGUACUGUGUCUGUGUGUGUAUGUCUGGUCCGUGGGCGUGUGUCUGGGUGACAUCCUGACUCCCAGCCUCUCUAGGACAGUAAGGCUCCUCCCCUCCCUGCUUGCAGGUCCUUGGACUGGGGAAAACCAGGGAGGAUGGAGGCAGGGAAAGAGUGCAGGAGGGGUCUGGCCACUGCAUCUUGGAGAGGGAGGGAGGCGGUGUGGGUGUCAGGCAGGCUUCCUGGCAUGUGCAGAGGGAAGCCAGGUUCACUCACCAUGGAUCUGGCCUGAGCAGGACUGGCGGCGGGAGCCUUCUGCAGUUUGCUGUGCGGGGCCAGCCGUCUGUGGGAGCCCCGUGGGCUGCGGGCAGCUGUAGGCGCACACUCGCAUCCCCUGCAGCCAGGCGGGCGGGGGACCGCCGUGGAAUCUGUGGGGACAGGGAGCCUCAGGUGUAGACUCUUGCCACUACUGAGAGUGGGUGGGGGUGGCCCCGCACCCAGGCAGCAUAGUUUAAGUCCCAGGACCUCAGGACUCCCACUUACAGAUCCAGGAGGCCUACCUGAGUGGAGCCGGCAUGCCGGGUACCCUCUCAGCACUGCGCUCGGCCAGGAAGCCCGAGGGUCUGGCUUGGAGCUCUGGACUCAGACUGGGGGCUGCAGAGCAAAGGGGGAACGGUGGUCAGCCUGGCCUGGGUGCUAGGACAUCUGUGGCAGCAGCCUCCACACCUGCCCCUUCCUUCUUGCUGUGGCCUGAAGUCCCAACUCAAGGUGACAGGGCUGAGAGGAGGGGCCUGGAGGAGGAGCUGUGUUCUUGAGGGUAGAACCCUUAAAGAGAGACCCAGAGAGUAUUUAUGCCCCUUCCACUGUAAAAAGCCAGCGAGAAGGUGCCUCCUGAAACCUCUCUCACCUGCUAGCACCAUGAUCUUGGACUUCUCAGCCUCCAGAGCUGUGAGAAAUAAAUGUCUGUUCACAACCUACCCAGUCUGUGGUCGAUUAGUUAGAGCAGCCCAGACAGCCUAAGAGACGCCUGCUUCUGGAGGCUUGGCAUACACCAAGCCUUGCCCACGUGGAGGUGCGGC